AUGGGCCAGGCGCCCGCGUCCCUAGGAUGCCAGGGCUGCUCGGGCCCAGGCAGCGCCGCGACCCAGACCUUGGGCUGCUGCGAGUCCGUGGUCGCUCGCGAGGCCGAGACUAUUGCCGCAGAGGGCAGCGUCACCGGUGAACCUUCGGACAUUUUUGGGCCCCUCUCGCCCGCUCUGUCGGCGGCCGGCAGUCCAUCGGAUGACUUUGUUGACAAGCUCACGACCUCCGCGCUGGAGGUGGACCGCACCGUGCUUCGUGGGAUUGCGGUGCGAAAGUUGCUGCAGCUGCACAUGUGGAGGCGGAGGGCAACCACAGGGCACGAGGAAAGCGAGAGGCUUUAUGCUCGGUCAGAGCCUACGGAGGCCCUAGGGGCCUUCCUGUCUCACAGCUGGGACUCGGACGGCGCUUUGAAAGUUGUCACGCUGAUCCUGCAGACAUCUUGGCCUCUGCUCGUGACCUGCUGGCUGCUCAGCACAGGCUUUGUUUUCACUCUCGGCGUUCUCGACCUCCUGCCCAUGCCGUUCAUUAUUGGCCCCCGCGAAGGCGGGGACCCCUUCGGCUGCUGGAUUCUGGCGACGUCGAUCCUGGGAAUCAUUCUCGGGAUGUUUUUGGCGGCCUACUUUCCAGGUGGUGCCCUGGUUUUCAUGGACAAGGCUUGUGUCCACCAGUCCUCGUUGGAACUGAAGCGCCGGGCCAUCUACAGUAUCGGUGGCUUCCUCCAGGUCUCGAAGGAGCUCUGGGUGCUGUGGAGCCCGCAGUAUCUCUCUAGGCUGUGGUGCGUCUUUGAGAUCGCGGCCUUCCGCAUCGGCAACCCCCAGGGUCGCAUUCGCAUCCUGCCCUUGUUCAUGAGCAAGACCAUGGUCCUCAUGUACAUCGGGCUCUACCUCGCCAGCUGCACUAUGUGGCUCUUUAUUGCGCUGGGCGUGAACAACUUCUUCAUGGUCGUCCCCUGCCUCCUUCCCUUGACGCCACUUCUGCACAGCCUGCGCAGGAACUGCUGUACCAAAGACCAGCUGCUGGAUGAGCUGCGAACUUUCCACCUCGCGUCGUUGAGGUGCAGCACAGACAGCGACCGCGCCCAGAUCGUGCCCACCAUCGUGAGGUGGUAUGGCAGCGAGGAGGUCUUCGAGUACUUCGUGCGCACGACGCUCUAUGAGGAGCUGAAGCAGAUACAGGGCACGCCGAGAUACGCACAUCACCUGCUCAUCGUGACGUCGCCCCUUGCCUUGGGAGCAGAGCGCCUGCUGAGCGUGAUCAAGUCCGGAAUGCCUCUGGAAGGAGUGCUUUCACGCUUACUGGCCGUCCACGUCGGCGUGCACAUCUUCAUCUGCCUGAUCUGCAUCCGCUUCCUCUUCCACUUCACGGUGCGCUACGCCAGCCCGUGUCGAUCCGGCUACUUGGACUGGGCCUUCUCUGCCACGCUGACGGCUGGGUCCGCAGUGAUCUACGCGAGCAACUUGUGGCUUGCUUCCGUCAUGGUGGAGUAUGGACUCCUGGCAUCGGCUAUCUACAGCAUCAUGGCCUGCUUGAGUCUCGUUCUGACCCACGCCUGCUGGCAGCCCUUCUUUGUCAUCCACAAGCAGCGUCGGCAGGCCUCACAGAAGACGACGGCUGGGGAGUCGAAGGCGAAGGAUGCGCCGCCUCCAUCCUCCGCGGACCUGUGGCAGAAGAAGAUCCAGCAGCACCUGAGGAGCAUGGACGUCGACAUGAGCACGACCCCAAGGAAGCACUGGCCCCUCGAAGCACUUCGAAGGACCUUUGAUGAGAUGCAGGCGGACGGUCCCGCAGACCUCAUCCGUCGGGAACUUCUGCUCAGCUCCCUCCACCCAGGGCAGCACUUCGUGCGCACGGCGGCCUUCGCCAACUCCGUCGGCCUGUCCUCGGUGUUGGGGCACCUCAUUGGCCUGGGCGACCGGCAUCUGGACAACCUCCUCCUGGACCUCAUCACGGGGGAGGUGGUCCACGUGGACUACUCCAUCUGCUUCGACCGCGGUGCCCGACUCCGUGUUCCGGAGCGCGUGCCCUUCCGCCUCUCGCGGUGCAUGGUGCAUGCGCUGGGCGCCUUUGGCGUCUCCGGGCCUCUGGUUGCAACGAUCGAGCUUGGCUUGGGUUUGCUGGCAGAGUGGCAGGAGCUCUUCAUGGCCCUGGCUGAGCCCUGCCUUCGGCUGGCCCCGGUGAACGAUUGGCUCUACCCGGUCACCAGCCCCUACAAGCCUCCCAUCUCGGCGCCAGUGCGGCCUCAGGAACCGUCUCCCCAGCCGGCGCCCACGCCGCCACCGGAGACGCCCCCGGAGGAUCCCGCGCCGAGCCCGGCCAGUGAGACGAAUGGAUUGGAGUCCAAGCUGGCGUGGCCCGCAUUGGGGACAGUUGCCAAGGCCCCACCCGCGGUGCCCACAACAGAGGCAGGCAGCGACGACCUGAUGGACGAGGAGAGCAGCGCUGACGAGAAGCAAGAAGGCCGCGACGACGAGGAGGAGGGGGAUGGUGGCAGGACCGACACGAGCCCGAAUCGAGCGGAGGAGGAAUGCCUCCUGGCACAAGAUCGGGAAGAAGUGGACGAUCCUCUGGGAGGCGAGUUUGCACGCGCCCUCGCCCCUCGCGCUGGCUCUGGCGCUUUAGCCGAGGCCGAGCAUGCCGGCCCCGCAGAUACGGAGGGCGAAGGAAGGGAGGGUGAGGAAUUUUCACAGGCCUCGGAGGCCGAAUCGGCGGAGCUCUCCGGUGGGGAGCUGCCUGAGCCGCCAGGCGCGCCUCGGAGCUCUGCGCCCAGCUGCGCUCUGGCGGCCUUUGCCCUCCGCAGCCUCCGAAGGAAGCUGCCCCGGCCAGGGGCCUCGCUGGCCGUGGAGGCCGAAUCCCUGAUUGCUGCGGCAACUGACCCCGACGAGCUGGCACAGAUGUAUGAAGGUUGGACAUCGUGGAUCUGA